AUGUUGGGCUGGUAUUCGCGCUUUAUCGAGCGUGAAUCCGAGCUUAAAGUCCCGCUCAUCCGACUGCUGCGAAAAGAUCAGAAAUGGGAGUGGGGAGAUGAGCAACAAGAGGUUUUUGAAGCUCUCCUACACGCGCUCACCGUGGCCCCUGUACUUGCUCGGCCUGAUUUUACAAGGCCGUUCAAAGUGCAAUAUGAUGCCAGUGGCGCGGCUAUCGGAGCCGUUCUGACUCAAGACCAUGACGAUCGGCGAGCACCCGAUAGUGUAUAUCAGUCGUGUACUAACUUCUGCCGAGAGAAAUUACACGACGACGGAGAAAGAGUGUUUGGCAGUGGUCUGGGCUAUCAGAAAGCUGAGGCCGUACAUAGAGGGGUACGACUUCAGCGUGAUAACAGACCACAAAAGUCUGCAGUGGCUGUGGAAUUUGAAAGAUCCCAGCGGUCGCCUAGCAAAGAUGGGCAAUUGAGUUGCAACAGUGGCAAUUUGACCAAGUACCAAGGAUGGCGUAUCGAAAAUGGAGUGCUUUAUCGUUGGCACAAGGAUGCCUUGCUGGACCCGAUAACACACCGCGAGGAAGCGUGGAGAUUGGUAGUGCCGGAGGAACAGAAGGAGAGAGUAAUAAGAGAUGCACACUGUCCGCCUUCCUCGGGUCACUUGGGAAUAGAGAAGACCUAUGACCGAGUGGCUCGAGAGUACUAUUGGCGAGGAGCCUAUCACGACGUGUACAAGUUCGUACAGUCGUGCGAGGAGUGCCAAAAAUAUAAAACGGCGCAAAGCGGAGCAAAAGGGCUCAUGGGACGACCAGUCGUCGAGCGGCCUUGGGCCAUCGUCGCAGCUGAUCUCAUGGAGUUUCCUCCGAGCAAAAAUCGAUUCAAAUAUCUAGUCGUGUUCCAAGACUUGUUUACACGCUGGAUCAAAUUGAAGCCGUUGAGGAAGGCGGAUGCGAAGUCAGUAGCCAGAGCGUUUGAGGAGUUGAUUUUAUUCAGGUGGGAAACCCCUGAAUAUUUUCUAACCGAUAACGGAAAGGAGUUCGACAACCAACUCUUGAAGAAGGUGUUGGAAAGUCCACGGUGUGAAACAUAUCACCACUCCGCCUUAUCAUCCUCAGCCACCGACCAACAUCGCACCGCCACGUCCGACGUUCGCCCAGGUAGCGAGAUCACCAGCAAGACUGCCAACGCCAGCAACGUCGUCGACGCCUCUGCAGGUUUCAGGGGCGGGGAUAACCACCAAGGCUGCGCCUGCGCCAAUCCACAGCUGGUCUGA